AUGUCGAACACAAUUAUACAACUGCUUGCUUCCGAAAAAUUUAACGGAGAGGGUUACUCGAAUUGGAAAUCAAAUAUCAAUACAAUAUUAGUAAUAAAUGACUUGAGAUUUGAGUUAACAGAGGAGUGUCCUCCAAUUCCCAGCUCAACGGCGACCCAAAAUGUUCAGGAUGUUUAUGAUAGAUGGGUAAGGGCAAACGAAAAAGCCCAGACCUAUAUCUUGGCGAGUAUAUCUGAUGUACUCAACAAGAAAUAUGAGGUCAUGCCCAUAGCUCAUGAGAUCAUGGCAUCAUUACAGGAGAUGUUCAGGCAAUCGUCAUCGUCUCUUAGACAUGAAGCUAUCAAAUAUGUGUAUGUGACACGUAUGAAGGAUGGGACCAAUGUGAGAGAACAUGUUCUUGACACGAUGGUCCAUUUUAACAUCGUGGAGGCUCACAGGGCUAUGAUAGACGAAACAAGUCAAGUGAGCAUGAUACUGGAAUCUCUUCUUGAGAGAUAUCUACCGUUCAAAAAAAAGCUGUCAUGA